CAUAACCAUUUACAGUAAAAAUAUUAUACCGAAUAAUUAGUGAAUAAAAACAUCACAAUAUUUCGGACACAAUGGAUGCACUACCUGUCUUGUCACAAACUAAGUCGGUUGUUCAGUGGGUGUGUCGUGACCCGGAAGGAGCCAAACGGACGCAAGUUAACUUCUCCAGACAAUGCCCCGUCGUUUCCCAAAUUAGAUCUGCUGUGGAAGUAGCAAAAGGUGACACACAAGCUGCCAGAGAAACACAGAAAGAGUUUGGAAAGUUCAUCGGGUCCCUUGUAGAUGGAGUACCUGUGGCAGGACACUUGAAAGGAGCAUUUCAUUACGCCAUGAAAGAUAAAGAGAAGGGCGACGCUGCAAUGAAGGCCGCAUCUCACACCACAGCUGUCAUAGGAGGAGGAGUUGGAGGCUUCCUGCUAGGAGGUCCCGUAGGGGCCGUUGCUGGUGGUAUCGGUGCAGGAGCUUUCAUGGAUUCUACAAUUACUGCGGUAGAUACCGGUAUGCACAGUAAAUUUCUGCCGUAUGGUAUCCUCGAACCACUAAGUGAUCCGAAGAAUCCGGGCAAGUGGUGUGACGCUGUUGGGGGAGUGAUGAUUGAUGGUGCGACCGGACAUUUUGCUGGAAAGAUUGUCAACGUUAUUCAGGUGAAAAGUAUGGCUAAAUGUACCUUAACUGCCGGUGAAGCUGUUCAAAGCACGAUAUCGGGUAAUGCACUGUCAACAACCACCCGUAAGAUAAUAGACGAAAUCGUAAUAGCGUGUAAAUCUGAUCGAGGACGCCUGAUACUCAAGAGAGGCAAGAAGUUCCUCAUUGAAAAGAUCCAACAACGACUCUCGUCAUUCACUCGAUAUGACGUCACGAGUGUAGAAAUGAAUAAUAGUGAAAAGUAUCGUGUAGACUCGGCAUGCCUACAAGAAACUUUGAAUAGACACUUAAAUAUGACUUUCAAUCAAAAUGGUGAUGUCAUUGAAAUUCAUUUCGAAGGGAAGCUAAUUCUAUUCAAGAAAGGAGCUCUUCAAUAUCUGAUCAAUGAGCAAGGUGCAAUGGAAGAAAUUCAAGAUGGCGUACUGUACGGAUUACAAAAGGAUGGCCGAUGGAUACAACAAAAUUACAGAAGGGAAAAUAAUGAUAAUUUUCUAUCAUUGGUGCCGCAAGAACCUGAAGACUUUCAUUUGUGUGUAAAUGAAUCGAAUUCUACAACAGGGAUGAGAAUUAUGGAGUGGUUUGAUGGUGCCGACGAUCUUUUUAACUUCUCGAGUCCCGACGAAACGCAACAGAAGGUUUCGAUGGUCGGGCGAGAAGAAUUUGACCUUGUCGAUGAAGAAAGCCUUAGCUGCAAUUUCAGCGUAACGGAACUGGAGAAUGAUUAAAUUUAAACAAUUUAAUUUUCCGUUGGUUGAUUCUUCGAUUUACGGUAAAUUUUAGUUUGCUCUUCUCAUUCACAUCUAUUUACCCAAUCGACGUGGAUCAAAGUAUAAAAAAGAAUUUCUGCCAAGUUGACUAACUGGAAUCUUCCUGCCCACGAAACUAGAGUAACCCUUUGUGGCGGUCUUUUUCAUUUUUCCUUAUAAAAUUUAACGGAUUGUUGCAUUUAGAGUAUUUAUUUUCAAAUGUAUGUCAAUCUAAUUUCAUACUCGGUGCGAUAGAACAUUAGAUCUAGAUUACUGCUUCUCUGUGCUCUCAUAUGUUUUAAUUUAAUUUAAAUUCCAUGCCUGUUUCUCAUUUCAAUGUAUUUGCGCUUAGGUUGGGGAUCCUUUUUUAGUUGAAAUAACCAGCCGCUUGCUAGUCAAUCAUCUAACACGAGCAAUUUAAUAGCAAUAACAAUGUCAGAAUCAUAAAAAAGUUUUUCUUCCUUACAUUUUCAACCUGAAUUUUUCCUUUUUCAACUGACAAUUGUCAGUUUACCAGCUUUAAUUACCACGCGACUUCCCGGUCAAAAGCCACGUUAGGUACGAAUAGUAACGACGAUGUAAAUGUAUCCGAUAUCAAAGAGUUUAAACGUAUGUUUUUACUUAUUGUUAAAGUUUUUGAAGUUGAAGAUAGUCCGUUGCUAUGCACGGAGUAUUUUAGUAGUAACGUAAAGUUUUCGAAAAACAGCGCGCUCAAAUAUACACGCGGCAAUAACACUGGAGAGAAGAAAUUAAAUUCUCAAA